CCGUCCCCUGCGAUGGCCCCUAUCGUGUAAUGCACUGCAGUGCUCAGCGCUGUCCAGUAAUUACUGCGCUGAAUGGCCCUGCAUUGCACUGUAUGCGCUGUCAAUUACAGUCUGCGUCACCAGCAUACACUGGCCAGUUAUGAGACCAAUGGGCUGAUAGUAUGACUUUACAGCUGGUGCUACUGGUAUCGGGCCAGAGUACACCAGCUGUGAACCAACAGUACCCGCAAAUACCAUACAAACUCCCGCCACCCACAAUGUACCCCCACUUUCUACCUUUAUGUACUGCUUGGAGCUUAGCUUAACUCCGCAUGUCGUCACGAUGGCCGACUUUUGAACGUAGCGUUGACCUUUCGUCAACCUCUCUGCUUUCUUCCCCGAAUCGCUGUUUGCUAGUUUUGCUGACUUCAUCUCCUCAAUUUCAUCCAUAAAAUCGCCAUCAACUGCGGAAUCCUGUGAACACCCGAUUCUAAUUACAUUCUAUCCACUGCACAUUGCCCGCCACAGACGCAACAGUCGGUGACAUAACCUUAUAGCCGAAGCAGCCGCAAACUGUCCAUCCAGCUCUUGUGCACCACAUUUUGCCACAACACGCACAAUGGUGCGCAAUGCUGAGGGAGAUCAGCUCCAAGAGGGCGGUUCUCAGCAUUCAGAUGAGGAAUCAUCAACUCCCAUGCCUGGUGGUUGGUACCACGAUCAUGACCAUGAUGAGGACGGUGAAGAUGAGAGCGAUAUGCUAGGCGAUGAAGACGACGGUAAUGUUGAAUUCGAAGUUGUUUUUGGCGGCGAUGAGGACGAUGAGGACGAUGAAGAAUACGUUGACGAGGAAGACGAUGAUGAGGACGAGGAGGGUGAAGACGACGAUGAUGAUGAGGACGGUGAGCGAGAUGCUCAGACAGAUGCAGCCCUGCGCAUCAUGAGCCUUUUUCGAGCAGGGGCUCGCCAAGGGUUACUCACGCGGGCACAGCUCAUGGCUCUGUUACGGAAUCGUAACCUGGGCCAAAUUCUGUUUGAUGAAGCAGGGGAGGAUGGAGAAGGCGAAGAUAUCCUUGGGCAGUGGACACGUCGGCAGCGUCGACCGCCAAAGGAUCCCGAGCGCUUCCCCAAGGUUCCUAGCCCCGAGGGCACAAAACUAAUGAGAUCUGGUGCCUUUGGAGCAAAUAACUACGACUCGCGCAUAAAGCGACAGAUUGGACGCCGCAUGUUGGAUAGAGAAUUGGGCAUUGGCGACAGGGAGCAGCGUAAACGAAACAAUGAUAUUAUCACACAGAGCUUAAUACCAGGCACUAGAGCGGAACAGAUUAUUCACUACGACAACCCCAUAUAUUCGGGUCAGUUUUCGGAUGACGGCAACUUUUUCUUCAACUGCUGCCAAGACUACAAAGUCCGCAUGUACGAUACAUCGAAUCCAUAUCAAUGGAGGCACUACAAAACGGUCACCUACCCAUUUGCUCAGUGGACUCUUACCGACGGCUCACUGAGUCCCGACAACAAGUGGUUGGCGUAUACAUCCAUUACAAGCUUGGUAUCAAUCGCUCCAACAGAUCCCAGCGAUACUGGUGAUCCUUAUACGCUUGAUCUAUCAGAAGGACAGGAACGCCCGGGCGGUUGGGGAAUGAGGGGUCGUGGCCAUUUUGGCAUCUGGUCUGUGCGUUUCUCAGGAGACGGCCGUGAGCUUGUCGCUGGUACAAACUCCCACUCGAUUGUCGUCUACGAUAUUGAGUCAAGACGAGUACUGCAUCAUGUGGAAGGCCAUGAAGAUGAUGUUAAUGCCGUUUGCUUUGCUGACAAGUCUUCCCCCCAUAUCCUGUAUUCCGGUUCGGACGACGCUACUAUUAAAGUAUGGGACCGCCGUAGUAUGGGCGAUCGCCGGGAAGCGGGUGCGUUUGUGGGACAUAUAGAAGGCUUGACAUAUAUCGAUAGCAAAGGCGACGGACGAUACAUCCUGAGCAAUGGCAAGGACCAGAGCAUGAAACUCUGGGAUCUUCGAAUGGUCAUGUCGACGCAGCGAUUCCACGACAUGGGAAGGACGCGAUAUGCACACUCUAGUGGCUUUGAUUAUCGUGGAGAAGAAUACGAUGAUGAGGACUGGGAUGUACAUCCACACGACAACUCCCUCGUCACAUUCAGAGGUCACAAGGUUUUGCGCACGCUGAUCCGAUGCCACUUCUCGCCACCUUCGGCAACUAACUCGCGCUACGUUUACUCUGGCAGUGCCGACGGCCAAGUUUAUAUCUGGAACAUGGAUGCAACACUGGCUGGUACUAUUGAUGUUAAAAAGGCAACUAUUGGCACUCGUCGUGUUGACAGACAGACUCGCUUCUACUUUGAUGAGCCAGGUGGUUGGGGUACUUGCGUCCGAGAUGCUAGCUGGCAUCCGACAGCACCUAUGAUAGUUGCAUCUGCUUGGAAUGGAUACAGCAUGGCUCGAGGCACUUGCACGUUGCAUUCAUUCAAUGAUGCAGAGGGUGAUGAAGGUACACCAGGCAUGGGUCGAAGCGUGGAUGAACUGCUGCGUCCCCAACCAGACAUGUAUUAUUCUUCCGAAUACUAAUUUAACGCAGAAUGUCUAUUAGAUUUCUUCAUAUUUGUAUAUAAUUUUAUAAUUUAAUUUAAUUUUAUAAGUGCUCAUUCAAAC